AUGGCAGCCGCUGGAAUGCGCUUUUGCCGCGAGUGCAACAACAUGUUGUACCCAAGUCAAGACCGUGACGUGCGUCGUCUCGUCUUUCGCUGUCGCAAUUGCGGACAGACGGAGGACGUCGAGGAGAACUGUAUUUAUGUCAAUGAGCUGGUCCGGGACACACGUGUCCAGCUGGACGUGCUUCCUGGUGACGUGAUUGACGACCCGACGCUACAGCGCGACUUUGAUGUCACGUGCCCUGCGUGCAACCACAAUGGCGCCGUGUUCAUUCGUUCGCAGGAUGGCGUGAAGCAGUCGACGCUGGCGCUAAUCUGGGUGUGUCUAAAUCGAGACUGUCAGGUGGACGAGGACGGCAACCGCCUGCCGUCGUACCGCUGGAUGGGAAGCUGA